UUAAAAUGGUAGUGGCAGCUGCUGCCAGCCUGCUUGAUAGCUCCUGAUGCUGGUCACGUCACCUGGGAUUUGUUAGAGAAUUACUAAUACCCUCAAGGGAAGCGAAACAGAAAAGGGGAAAGGAGGAGGAGACUUGCAGAAGAUGAGGAUUAUUUGUUUUCACUGUAUUAGUUUCUUUUUCUAGUUUAUUUUUGUGUGCUCUGUUUCUGGUAUAUGAAUCAGGAUUCUCAGUAGGAGUUUGUCCUGAGAAAACUCCAGUAACCAGUCCUCUUGAGAGCAUUAGAGGAGAAGGGUGCACCCACGAUGGCUGCUGAGUUGGAUUUCUCCCCACCUGAAAUCCCUGAGCCCACGUUUCUGGAGAAUGUGCUACGCUACGGACUCUUCUUUGGAGCCAUUUUCCAGCUUAUCUGUGUGCUGGCCAUAAUCCUGCCAGUGUCCAAAUCCCAUAAGACAGACUCUGAGAGUUUUGAGCCCAAGAAUUCAGAGACGGUGAAGAAGCCAAAGGCGACUGCUCCGCAGAUAAGCAAGAAACCUAAGAAGGAAACCAAAAAGAAACGAUAAAGGCAUGAGCAAUGAGCCUCAAAAGGCAGAAUAAUCACCUACAAUCACGCUUCCCUGGAGAUGACAUCAAAGGCAACUCACUAGAUCAAAUGGUUCUCUGGCAUUGCCAUGUUUUACCUUUCAGAGACAAGGGAGAAGGAACUUAGAAGAGUGGAAGGGGUGGGGUUCUACCGUAGAUUUCUUAUAAGCAAAGAGGACUUCAUAUGUCCAGGACUUCAUCUGACACGAUUAAUGUGUCAGUCACCAUUAAAGUGACUUCUUUCAUUCCUGAUGGGUAGAGAGGCCUGUUGUCCUAGCCCCACCACGCUGGCUGGGGCUCCUAGUCCAGUCCCUGGAGAAGGUGGAGCAUGGAUUGCUACUUUGGAUACUGGUUUGUGUUGUAUUUUUUGGAGGCGGAGGGAUCAAAUGGAUCAAGGAUACCACACUACACAGCUUUGUAUUCAUUCAUCUCUGUUGUCAUCUAGUCUGAAAUACAUAGCUGCAUUUUAUGGCUUAAUAAUAA